GAGCUACAGCCUAGUUACACUUGAACGAGUACAUACAAGUGACACCCACACGCUCACACAAGCAGAUCUAGAUACAUUGCCUGAGCUUAAAAGAUGGCCAAGGGAAUGGUGGUGAUGCUUGCGUUCUGGCUACUACUGCUGCUGGCAAUGGUAGCUGCUAGCGAGGCCCAGCUGCACCACGGGCCCGAGCCGAUGGCCGGGGUCCAUAGACAUCGUCGUAAGGCCGAACCCACGCCGACACCAUCGUCGUCGGAGACGACGCACCUCCACUUCUACUUCCAUGACACGGUGAGCGGCGGGUCCCCGUCGGCGGUGCACGUCGCGGGACCUGCGGACAUGGCUUCCCGGACCAUGUUCGGGCUGGUGACGGUUAUGGACGACCCGCUGACGGAGGGGCCAGAGCCCGGGUCGGCAGCCGUGGGCCGGGCCCAGGGCAUGUACCUGGCGUCGGACCAGGCCCAGCUGGGCUUCCUGCAGGCAAUGAACAUUGUGCUUCAGUCUGGCCCGUAUAACGGCAGCUCGCUUGCGGUGCUGGGACGGAACUGCCCGCUCACCGACGUCCGGGAAAUGCCUAUAGUUGGCGGCACGGGCGUCUUCCGCUUCGCCCGUGGGUACGCCCUGGCCCGGACCCAUUGGCUCGACUUCAGCACCGGGGAUGCCACCGUCGAGUACGACAUCUACGUCAUGCAGUAGCACUUGGAUGUGCUUUGAGAUUCGUGCAUUUCCUUUUCCUAAAAUUUAUUAUGUCUUUGUUUGGGUUAAUUUGGCGAGAAAUAAAUGGUAUACUUUUUUAUCAGGGAGCAAUGUAAUCUCACUUACCUUUGGGAAAAUGAAAACAUAGUUAUCGCAUUUAAAAAUGUGCCUGCUUCUUGCAGGUGGUUCCAGGUAAUAAGACCCCCAAUGUUAGACAAUUCACGCUUAUGAAGUAAAUUGCACA